AUGUCCAUUCUGGAACCCUUCCUGAAGCUCUCAAACUAUGCGAAUAAGCUGAAUGAGAAGUACGCAGCUAUGCCCAUCGGAGAGCUGCGUGCGUUGACUCUCGCAGAGCGCAUUCGUUUCUACAACUGGACCUUUGAAAUAUGGGCAUUGGCGCUCUUGGCUGCGGUAUACGGUGCCUACGUAAUCGGAACCCGCCUGAACAGCAGACGUGCAACCCAAUUGUUUGACUCCUUGACCGAUGGGUUCCAGAAAUUGGCCUUCGCCAAGGUUGGGUUCUCUACCAAGGCCGGCGAAAAGAAACAGUACGUGGCAGAACAAAAUAACACCUGGUACACCACUUUUGCUACUGGCCGUUCUUCUAUUGAAAGCAUCACCGCGCGUGCUCACAUGACAGCUCGCUACAACCCAUUGACACUGUUGAUGGAGCGUGUUGUGGGCUUAUUUUUCCCCAGCUUAUUUGAGAAAGACCUCGGCGAGUUCUUGGAGGUGAGCAUUGUGCCUAACGGGAUCUACGUUACCAGUCCUAAUGCUGACCUACCUAAGGAAGAUGCUGUUACCGCAAUUCUUUCAAGGUUCAAGUUCAUUGCCUCCAUUGUUAACAAGUCUGUCAUGACGAAGGCGCGUGAGACUAACUACUUUUUGUCCUUAACUCACACCUCCGAGAGUGAAAAGCUACCUGUGGAGUAUGUAUUCAUGUCCGAAAGCAACCAGCUUAACGGAUUCUUCGAACACUACGCAGGACCCGAGUUCAAAGACUUGCUAGCCAAAUGCUCUCGCUUCUUGUCUUUCGUCAGUUUCACCGACCUGCCAGAGGAGAAGCCAAUCACCGACAAGUUGUGGAACCUCAAGCAAAAGCCCAGAUGUGUCAUCCACUGUGAGUUUGUCACCGGUACUAAAGACCUCAACCUCUUGAAUCAACUUAUCGCUGAGAUUGUCAAAAUUUUUGACGCGGUGACUCAAGACUAUGCGCAAAACCCCACAAAGGCCUUUUUGACUAACGAUAUGUUGAAAAAGGCCUCUAACUUGCGUUCUCAAGAACUUCAAAAAAUCGUGAAAGUCAUGAAGCAAGUCGAAAGAGAGCUGGCGCAAGAGAAAAAGCAGGACGUCGAAAGGGAGAAGAGGCGCCAGAUGAGGUCCAAGUUGAGUGGCCAAGAGCAGGACAAAAUUGACCAAAAGAUGAGAGAGAAGCGUGAAAGACGUAUGAGAAACAGACAAAAAGUGAGGAUGUGA